UCCCGGCGUGCAGCGCGGCGCGCGGAGCCGGCGACCCAGCGGGCAACGCGGAGGGCGGAGAGGCGGUGGCGCGGCGUCAGGCUCCUCUCUUGGCGGCUGGAGGCUACGAGGCGGGGUCGACAUGGAAGUGAAGGAUGCCAAUUCUGCUCUGCUCAGUAACUACGAGGUGUUCCAGUUACUGACUGAUCUGAAAGAGCAGCGUAAAGAAAGUGGAAAGAAUAAACACAGUUCUGGGCAACAGAACUUGAAUACUAUUACCUAUGAAACAUUAAAAUACAUAUCAAAAACACCAUGCAGGCACCAGAGUCCUGAAAUUGUCAGAGAAUUUCUCACAGCAAUGAAAAGCCACAAAUUGACCAAAGCUGAAAAGCUUCAGCUGCUGAAUCACAGGCCCAUGACUGCUGUUGAGAUCCAGCUGAUGGUCGAAGAGAGUGAAGAGCGGCUCACAGAAGAGCAGAUUGAAGCACUCCUCCACACUGUCACAAGCAUUCUGCCUGCAGGGCCAGAGGCUGAGCCAAAGAAAAAUACCAACGAUGAUAUGACAAUGGACGAAGAGAACCCAGCAUAGAAGAACACAGCUGGCUCAAGCAUCUCAUGAAGUUGAAAGACCUAGCAGUCAUUUCUCAGAUGUUCAGAGAAUUGUUUAUUUGGUUUUACUUUCGACCCCAACAGACCUGAUUUCAUGGUUUAGUUGGGUAAAUCUCAAAUACGAACUAAAAAGAAAUUCUUGUGUUUCCGGGAGAAAAAAUGGGGCUGAAGAUAGGCUGAGGUUGUCGGGGCAGAAAGCUAAAGAGAAGAGGACAGAGUUGAAGAGGACAAUGACUGUGGAACCCUCUAUGGUAAAAUAUUUCUUCUGUGGCCUUUGCCAGUUGUGGGAAGGUCCCUGUACACAGCUGGUGGACUACUUGUGUUGCCUUUGAUGUGCUGUGUCCUAAUUAGUUUCAUCUGCUUCUCUAGGCUCUUCCUAAGCAGGAGCACAGAGUGCUAUUGGGAUGAGAGCUGAGUUAUGAGAAUCUGGUUAGACGUCUAAAAACUCCCAGAGCAGCAGAUUGUUGCUUUACUUUAAAAUGAGCCACAGAACUUGGCUCACCUUACAGGAAUCUUCACCUUGAGAACAGCAGAGAUAAGAAGAGCCUGGCCAUCAGGUCGUCAUCAGAUCUGAAGGCCCUUUUCCUCCGCUGGCAUGGGCUUUGUUUACUGGCUCACUAUUUAGUCUUAAAUGUUAGGGUACCAGCUCAUUCCAGUAGAAAAGAGGCACUCCAGACUGAAUGACAGUGGCAACAGAAAUACAGUAGAUUGGCUGCCUUUCUGACCAUCUUCAGUUUCCUGCCCUGAGAGGGAGCCCUGGGUAGGUACCUCCUUGUGAGCCAGGUCACUUGCACGAUGGGCAAAUUGUUUUCAUUUUUAAAAGGUGCAAAUACGUACCUCUUUUCAUGGACAGAGUAUGAAGAACUAGAGGUUUAUUAAUAAGAAUUUGAAUUUGUUGGCUGUUGCACAGUUGCAUCAGUUUCUGGAUUUAAAAUACUAGAAUAAUUACCAUGUGAAGAGCUUGUAAUAUUCAGGCUUUGGAGAAUUUAGUAGCUCCAGACAUACCUUAAGUCCUAGGAAUACUGCUAAAAAUUAAUUUCCCACAUACACUCUGCUCCCUGUUUGGGGAAGAAAAUGCCCAUAGACGUUAAUUUUCCAAAUUGGUAGUCAUUUUGUUGUAAAGUUACCUAUUUUCAAUCCUGCUGUUAAUUGGAUUACUUUCUACCUCCUUGCAAUUCCCAGGUUAUUUCAGCCUCCCUGCCACCCCCGCCAAUUGCAAUUAUGUCAGUCUUAACCUUAUCAUCUAAGGGUCAACUGAGAUCUGCUUACAGGCAACGUUGAAAUUAACAGGGCAUUUACUUUUAAGUCUCUCUUGAGUAUUUGGAAUUUUACCAGGAGCUGUUGAUUUAUUUGUCAAGGCAUACAUGUGCUUAUGUCAUUGUUAUUUCAUUUUAACCUUGUGUGUGUUAGAUGCUUUUUCUUGAUGGAUUUAAGAGUUUAAUCUGGUUAAUAAUAAAUUGUUUCCAGGUGACUGCCAA